AUGUCAUCACUACCCUGCGCUACCAAAUCAGACAUAAACAACCUUCAAGGAAUCGUCUCUCGAUUCUCCAGUCACCCUAAUCAACUCUUAUACAAGGGCAAGCCACUGGUGUCCACCUUCGCUGGCGAGGCAUGCACUUAUGGUGGAGGACUGGCCGCUUUUUGGGCGGAGUUUAAAAGCAGUUUAAACGGAAAUGUUCACUUUGUACCCUCGUUAUUUGUAGACCCUGGGCAGCUGGGGACCUUGUCUUUUCUGGAUGGCGCAUUUAAUGCGAUGGAAUGGUGGGUGGCCGACUCGGUUGAAUGCGGCCUCCUCUCUACUCCAAAUCGAGCAGGCGAUAAGCUCGUUGACUACAGACCAUUCAUAUUUCCCUGGUCUUGUCGACAGGACAUAUAUUGCUCCCGUAUCUCCUUGGUUCUUUACGGUAUGAGGCACUAUGGACCAGAUACAUGGAACAAGAAUUGGAUUUAUCGUGCAGAUGACUGGCUUUAUGCACGACGGUGGGAGGAUCUGGUCCAAAUGAGGGACCAAGUCGACAUCGUGGAGAUCAUUACGUGGAAUGAAAUAGACUAUGGAGAAUCGCAUUAUAUUGGGCCAAUUACCGGUGCUCAGCCAAAUUCUCAAGCAUGGGUCGACGGGUUCGAUCACCAAGGUUGGCUGGAAUUGAGCACCUACUAUAUCGAGGCUUUCAAGACCGGUAUUUAUCCGUCUAUCACUCAAGAUAAAGUUUUCCUAUGGGCACGUCCUCAUCCUCGUGAUGCGACAGCUCCGGAUCACGUUCCUCGUCCGAAUAAUGCUCAACUGACAGACGAUUUCUUCUGGGCGAUAGUUUUCGCCAAAGAGCCCUGCACUGCAAUCCUCUACACACCUAGUCCUACCACCGACCCCGGAGCACAACCUCCCGAGAUCAAUUACAAAGAGGCAAUGGUCACAGAUGUCCCUUCUGGGGUCAACAAGCUGCGUUUUCCUCUUCAGCCCACCAAGACGAUGGCUAUUCGGUUGGAACGGGAGGGAAAUACGGUUCUGGAUUAUGUCGCCGAAGGCUACUUCUUCAAUCCCAGUCCACAGGUUUACAACUUUAAUGCAUGGGUCGGGUGGAAGUCGGGCCAAUAA